GACCAAAACAUGACUAUACACUAGUUUUAUAUUAUUUAUUCUAAACCUCUUUUAUCUUAAUCAGUUCAACAAACAAAACUCGGACCUUUGUCAAUUCCAGGAAACCAUUGUUGUCCCAACUCACAGAGUAGGAGAAGAAGAUGGAGGGGAUCAAUCAUCGGAGAGUGGAGGUGAACGGCAUUGGCAUGCACAUAGCCGAGAAGGGAGAGGGUGGACCAGUCGUCCUCAUGCUCCAUGGCUUCCCGGAGCUCUGGUAUUCAUGGCGUCAUCAGAUCAAUGGGCUCGCUGCCAAAGGUUACCACGCCGUCGCCCCUGACCUCCGUGGCUAUGGUGACACCGAUGCCCCCUCCGCCAUCUCCUCCUACUCCAUGUUCCAUCUCGUCGGCGACAUCGUCGCGCUAAUCAAUGUCCUUGGCCAAGAUCAAGUGUUUGUGGUUGGGCAUGACUGGGGCGCUCUGGUGGCAUGGCACCUAUGCUUGUUCCGGCCGGACAAGGUGAAAGCUUUGGUGAAUCUCAGUGUUCCAUUUAUGCCUCGUAAUCCGGCUGUCAAACCAGUUGACUACUUUAGGUCCCUCUUUGGAGACGAUUACUACAUUUGCAGGUGUCAGGAACCUGGAGGAAUUGAAGCACAAUUGGCCAAUUUUAAUAUUAAACAACUUUUCAAAAUGUUCCUGAAGUUCCGUGAUCCUGGUGGUUUUUUUAUGCCCAAGGAAGGUUGGGUUUUACCUAAUGAUGAAUCUUCUCUUCCUGCGUGGCUCUCUGAAGAAGAUCUCGACCACUUCAGUAACAAGUAUGAGAAGACUGGCUUCACUGGAGGAUUAAACUAUUACCGAUGUUUGAACAGUAACUGGGAGCUUCUGGCACCGUGGACAGGUGCACAGAUUAAGGUACCCACUAAGUAUAUUGUGGGAGAUCUGGACCUAACUUAUCACUACCCAGGUGUCAAAGAUUUUGUUCACAAAGGUGGUUUCAAGCAAGUUGUUCCAUUUCUUGAGGAUGUGGUUGUCAUGGAUGGAGUUGCUCACUUCAUCAACCAGGAAAAGGCACAUGAAGUCACUGAGCACAUUCUUAACUUCAUCCAAAAAUUCUGACCUUCUAUGUUCUGUGUAUCAAUAAAUAUGCAUCAGCCAUCUCUAAAGGAUCUCGAACCGAAAAAAUUGCCAUACCUAUGGCCCUCUUGUUUCUUACAUCUAUAUUCGGAGGGAUUAUUUUCUUAUAAUGUGUAGUUUGUGUUUCUACUUAACUUUAGUAUCUCGUAUAUAUUUCUGCUUUUUCAGCUUUUC